AUGUUGCAAAAGCUUGGUGUGGUCAUGAAGUCUGAGGAGAAGGACUUGAUGGGAAAGCCUCUGAUGAAGCGUGUAAUGCAGACCUGGUUGCCAGCAAGUAGCGCUCUGCUUGAAAUGAUGAUCUUUCACCUGCCCUCUCCUGCUACAGCUCAGAAGUACCGUGUGGAGAACUUGUACGAGGGUCCUCUUGAUGAUGCUUAUGCAAAUGCAAUCAGGACCUGUGACCCUGAGGGCCCCCUUAUGCUUUAUGUGUCUAAGAUGAUUCCUGCUUCUGACAAGGGUAGGUUUUUUGCCUUUGGGCGUGUUUUCUCUGGAAAGGUCUCAACUGGUCUGAAGGUUAGAAUCAUGGGACCAAACUUUGUCCCUGGUGAGAAGAAGGACUUGUAUGUGAAGAGUGUGCAGAGAACUGUCAUUUGGAUGGGAAAGAGGCAAGAAACUGUUGAGGAUGUGCCUUGUGGUAACACUGUUGCUAUGGUUGGAUUGGAUCAGUUCAUCACUAAGAAUGCCACUUUAACUAAUGAAAAGGAAGUUGAUGCCCACCCUAUUCGCGCCAUGAAGUUCUCUGUCUCACCCGUUGUGCGUGUGGCUGUUCAAUGCAAGGUAGCAUCUGACCUCCCUAAGCUGGUCGAAGGUCUGAAGCGUUUGGCCAAGUCUGAUCCUAUGGUUGUCUGUAGCAUCGAGGAAUCUGGAGAGCAUAUCAUUGCUGGAGCUGGAGAACUCCACCUUGAGAUCUGUUUGAAGGAUUUGCAGGAUGAUUUUAUGGGUGGGGCAGAAAUCAUCAAGUCUGAUCCUGUUGUGUCAUUCCGUGAGACUGUCCUAGAGAAGUCAUGCCGCACUGUGAUGAGCAAAUCUCCUAACAAGCACAACCGUCUGUACAUGGAGGCACGGCCCUUGGAAGAAGGGCUUGCGGAGGCUAUUGAUGACGGUCGUAUUGGUCCAAGAGAUGAUCCAAAGAACCGUGCCAAGAUCUUGUCCGAGGAGUUUGGUUGGGACAAGGAUCUUGCGAAGAAAAUCUGGUGCUUUGGUCCUGAGACCACUGGACCCAACAUGGUUGUGGAUAUGUGUAAGGGAGUUCAGUACCUGAAUGAAAUCAAGGAUUCUGUUGUAGCUGGUUUCCAGUGGGCUUCAAAGGAAGGUGCCUUGGCUGAAGAGAACAUGAGAGGCAUCUGCUUUGAAGUCUGUGAUGUGGUUCUCCAUGCGGAUGCCAUUCACAGAGGUGGUGGUCAGGUCAUUCCCACUGCUAGGAGGGUCAUUUAUGCUUCCCAGCUCACUGCCAAGCCCAGACUUUUGGAGCCUGUGUACUUGGUGGAGAUCCAAGCCCCUGAGCAGGCACUUGGUGGCAUUUACAGUGUUCUUAACCAGAAACGUGGUCAUGUCUUUGAGGAAAUGCAGAGGCCUGGCACCCCUCUUUACAACAUCAAGGCAUAUCUUCCUGUGGUCGAGUCUUUUGGAUUUUCAGGCACUUUGAGGGCUGCAACAUCAGGACAGGCUUUCCCACAAUGUGUUUUUGACCAUUGGGACAUGAUGUCUUCUGAUCCAUUGGAGGCCGGUACUCAAGCAGCACAGCUUGUUACAGAUAUCAGGAAGCGAAAGGGUUUGAAGGAGCAGAUGACCCCGUUAUCCGAGUUUGAGGACAAGCUGUAG